CGGAGAAAGGAGGUGCCGAGGGGCCGAGCCGCCCGCCCGCGAUGCCGCUCGAGGACGUGGCCCCUGCGCCGCUGCGGAGCGGCUCUCCCGACCCGAACCCCCAGGCGCUCUACGCAACCGUGCAGCACGUCAGCCGGGCGGAUCCCGCGGCUCCGGGCACGGCCCACGUGCCGCCGCAUCCCGAGGACGAGGGGGACAGAGGCGGCGCUGUGGGCCGAGCCCACGCGGCGAGCAAGCCCAAAGCCGAGCUCAAACUCAGCCGCAGCUUGUCCAAGUCGGACUCCGAUCUUCUGACCUGCUCUCCCACGGAGGACGAUGCCAUGGGCAGCCGGAGCGAAUCGCUCUCCAACUGCAGCGCCGGAAAGAAGAGGCUGGAGAAGUCRCCGUCCUUUGCUUCCGAGUGGGAUGAGAUUGAGAAAAUCAUGAGCUCCAUCGGCGAAGGCAUCGACUUUUCUCAGGAGCAGCAGAGGAUCUCAGGUUCGCGGAUGCUGGAGCAGAGCGUCGGGGAGUGGCUGGAGUCCAUCGGCCUGCAGCAGUACGAGAGUAAGCUGCUUUUGAACGGCUUUGAUGAUGUCCGCUUCCUGGGCUGCAACGUCAUGGAGGAGCAGGACCUGCGGGACAUCGGCAUCGGCGACGCGCAGCACCGCCGCAAGCUGCUGCAGGCCGCGCGCUCCCUGCCGAAGCUGAAGCCGCUGGGCUGCGACGGGAACAGCCAGCCGUCGGUGCCCGCGUGGCUCGACUCCCUGGGGCUGCAGGACUACGUUCAGUCCUUCCUCUCGAGCGGCUACAGCUCCAUCGACACUGUGAAAAACCUCUGGGAGCUUGAGAUAGUGAAUGUGCUCAAAGUGAACCUGCUGGGCCAUCGGAAGAGGAUCAUCGCGUCCCUGGCGGACAGGCCCUACGAGGAGCCCCCGGCCAAGCCGCCGCGGUUCUCGCAGCUGCGGUGCCAAGAUCUGAUGUCCCAGACGUCGUCACCUCUGAGCCAGAACGACUCCUGCACGGGCCGAUCUGCUGACCUGCUGCUGCCGUGCGGGGACACUGCCAAGAGGCAACACGACCGUGGCACCGACGUUGCCGCCUACCCCCGAGCCGAGCGCUACAAACUGCAGGAGGAUCGGCGCGAGUCCAAGCUGACGCUGCGGCCGCCCAGCCUGGCUGCCCCCUACGCGCCGGUGCAAAGCUGGCAGCACCAGCCUGAGAAGCUCAUCUUCGAGUCCUGCGGGUACGAGGCCAACUACUUGGGCUCCAUGUUGAUCAAAGAUCUCCGAGGGACAGAGUCUACGCAGGAUGCCUGUGCCAAGAUGAGGAAAUCCACAGAACAUAUGAAGAAGAUCCCAACCAUCAUACUGUCCAUCACGUACAAGGGGGUGAAGUUCAUUGAUGCUUCUAACAAGAACGUCAUCGCUGAGCACGAGAUCCGCAACAUCUCCUGCGCUGCUCAGGACCCCGAGGAUCUCUGCACGUUUGCCUACAUCACCAAGGACCUGCAGACCAGCCACCACUACUGCCACGUCUUCAGCACUGUGGACGUGAACCUGACCUACGAGAUCAUCCUGACGCUGGGGCAGGCGUUUGAGGUCGCCUACCAGCUGGCCCUGCAAGCCCAGAGGGCGAAGCCUCCGGGGGCUGCAGUGGGAGAAACGAUCGAAACGAAAUCUUCCAAACCGGUGCCUAAGCCACGAGCCGGCGUGAGGAAAUCCGCAGUGCCGCUCCCUCCCGACACGCGCUGUCACUGUCACACGUGUACUACUCACCGCCCCUCCUACCUGCCGCUGCAGUCUCUUAGCCCCGGAGCCAAGCUGGAGCCCUCUGAAGUGGACCAAGACUCCCAGUCUCAUGCCAGCGUCUCCUGGGUUGUGGACCCCAAACAGGACUCCAAGCGGACCCUCAGCACUAACUGAUCUCCAGGCAGCUGCCUCCUGCCACGGAAAUGUAGUAACGCGGGGCAGAGACCCAAGGAGCAGCGGCCUGCGGACAUGAAGAGCGUCUCCAGCCGGCCCUGCUGUCUGCACGGCUGCUCAGUGAGGGCUUCCAAAGCAGAGGGGGGACGGGAUCCGGCCGGCAGCMGAGCAAAGCAGCUCUCCAUUCCUAGCGGAGGAAAGCUGAGUCUUCCGAGGCCGGGAGCCGUUGGCAUGUUCUCUAGGUUGAGACAAACUUCUUGCAAASCAGUUAUUUUCAUUCUUUUUACCUGCAAAAUGAUACAGAGCAAAACACAUUCACAGUUAAAAUGUAGCAUUGGGGUGAGGGAAAAUCCUUCUUUUUGGAGAAGUCACAGAGUGCCGUCGGUCCGGCGAGGAGUUUGGGAGGAGGGCUUGGCAGCGGGAGCGAUGUGUGCGUCUCUAACGGUACUUAAAUUGCUUCGGUUCUGGGUGAACAGCAGAGAACACCAAUUUCUUGGCAAUAACUUCCUUCAGGGUGACAAGUUUUCCAAGGGGAGGCUGCACCCUGGGAGGCUGCAUCCUGGGGUUUUUUUCCAAAGCUGCUCCAAGCUUCUGUAGCCUGUGGAAAUAACUUAGGGAGAACAGUCUGCAAAGGAUCUUCCACCCCAGAGUGGUUAUGGCCAAGUAUUACUGAUGGUACAAAGUUUGCUUUCCCUGCAGGGAGCUGGUGCAUUGCAAUACUUGACAUUUCUAUGGCAAGGACACAAUUUUUUCUCCCACUUCUGCACUGAAUCCCUGGAGAUUCUCCAGCCUCUUGUGCACCUGUCAUAUUUUUAAAUGCAGUUAUGCCCUGAAGAGGUAUGUGGAGGAGGGGGGCUACGUUUAUUCAUUUGUGAUUUAGCACUUUUUUGAUACUAGCUCAUUAUUGAAGUAGUGCAGCCGUUUGGGAAGAUGAACAAAUGAGGAGUCAGCUGCUGGGCUUUGCAGUGAAACAGGCCCUUCCUGCGGAUAAAUCCAAUCAGCCAAAGGAUGGCUUGGCCCCAGUCAAAGUCCUCUGUCCCCAAAUGCCACCAUCUUCAAGGUGCUGUGUACUUACUUCUUUUGAAUUUGARUAUGUAACAGUAGUUUUGGCUGAUGAACUGAUGUGUUUCCACAGUACUGUUUCCCUUGCGGGAGGGAUGCUGAAAUGGGAUUUUUAGUUCCUGGGAUGCAGAAAUGUAGCGCAGCGCACGUGCUGUGAUCCCGACAGGCCUCGCAACGGCCGCGGAUGUGCGACCCGGCUGCUUCCCUGGGAUGCUAUGCCCUAAUAAUUUCUGUUUAACUCCAUUUGCUGCUGUAUUUCAGGAUUUCGUUUAGUCUCUCUAGUCUGUAAGACUGAGAGAGCAGUGAACCAUGAUCCCAGGGGCAUAGAUCUAUAAAUGAUUAGGAGGGAGACAUGGCGAUUUUUUU